GCCAAGCAGGUUCACUGGAAGAACGACAGUCUCUUUAAUAAAUGGUGCUGGAAAAACUGGUUCUCCAUAUACCGAAUACUAAGACUAGACCCAUGCCUAUCACCAUGUACUAAAUUAAAGUUUAAAUGGAUCAAAGAUCUGAAUAUUAAAACAGAAACACUAAAUCUAUUGGAAGACAAGUUGAAUAAAAACCUUGAAGACAUAGGGGUAGGUAGAGAAUUCAUGAGCAGGACUCAAACCGCACGGGAAAUACUUCCCAGAAUCAACAACUGGGAUCACGUCUUAUUAAAAAAUUUCUGCAUGUCAAAAGAAAUCUUUAGCAUAGUGAAAAGAGAACCCACAAACUGGGAAACAAUCUUAGUGAACUGUCCUGCAGACAAAGGACUUCUGUCUAAAACAUAUAAAGAAUUAAAAAAAAUCAGACCCCCAAAAUUCAAGGAUCCAAUGCAAAAAUGGGCAUCUGAGAUGAAUACACAGUUCUCAGAUGAAGAAAUACAAAUGGCAAAUAAAUAUAUGAAGAAAUGUUCAUCGUCAUUGGUCAUUAGGGAAAUGCAAAUUAAAACCACACUGAGAUUCCAUCUCACUCCAGAAAGAAUGGCCAGGAUCAAGAAAACUAUCAACAACAAAUGCUGGAGAGUCUGUGGGGGGGAAAAGGAACUCUCCUGCACUGUUGGUGGGAGUGUAGACUGGUACAACCUUUGUGGAAGUCAGUUUGGAAAUUUCUCAGAAAGCUGGGAUUGGAAAUCCCAUCUGUUCCAGCUAUUCCAUGUCUAGGUAUAUUCCCAGAAGAACUGAAAACAUCAUACCACAGUGAUAUAUGUGCACCCAUUUUUAUUAGCAGCACAAUUUCUAAUAGCCAGAUCUUGGAAACAAUGUAAGUGUCCAUCAACUGACGAAUGGAUAAAAAAGUUGUGGUAUUUUUAUAUGGUGGAGUACUACUCAGCUAUAAAGAAUGAUCACAUUGAGAUAUUUAUAAAUAAAUGGACACAGCUUGAGACUAUACUCAUAAGUGAAAUAAGUCAAAGAUGAAUAUUUUCCCUAGUGUAAGAAAUGGUAAGAAUACAUUAAAAGUAUGUCAUAAUCAUGAUUCCCCAUUAUAUUGCUUUGAAGCUUUAUAAUGUUUUCAUUCAUUAAUUGGAAUAGUUUUAUUCUGGUUUUUUUAUUUUAUUAUCUGUGAUGGUAUGAACAGCUAUUUUGAAGAAAGUAAGACAUUAUGAUAGCUAGUGAUGAUUUAAUAUCAUCUUAUUUUGAAGUCCCACCAAGCUUUUGUUUUUCUGUCUCCAUCGCAGUUUUAUCAUGUUGUAUCUUAUUGGAUUAUAUUAUAUGUGAUAGUAUAAACAAAAUUUUUAUGGACAAGGAGAUAAUAUAGUAACUAUUGUUCAUUUUCUGUUAGUUGGUUCUGAAUACCCUGUAAUAUUUUCAUUCUCUUGAAUGGUUUUAUACUGUCAUUUUAUGUUUGAUACUAUAGUAUAUGAAGGUGUACUCAAAUAUUUCAAGGAGAGAGACACUAUGGUAGCUACUGUUAUGUCGGAUUGUCUUGUGGUGAAACACUAUGUUGCUUAAAUUGUUCUGUUUAGAAAAAAAAAUUGUUUGAGAAAUUGAACUCAGAACCUUGCACUUGCCAGGCAGGAUGAACCCUAACCCUAAAUUCCCAGCUAAUUCACAUUUUAGAUGAGUUUUGUGUUUUAUAGUAGUAACUUUUCACAAAAAUAUUCACAUCUUCUCUGCAUUUUUUUCUAUUAAAAUAUUUAGAGAAGAUGGGGUAUAACUUGGUUGCAGAGCAGGUACUUAGCAUAUAGAAGGCUCUGGGUUAAAUUUUCAGCAACAAAUAAAUAAGCAGCAGAGAAAUAUAACCAAUAGCAAAUAUUACCAUUGAAAAGCACUGAGCAAAAAAAAAAAAAAAAAAAAAAAAAGAAAAGCACUGAGCAGACAUUAUGGGUUAUUAUUCAAGUGACAGAACAUUCAUCUCUCAUCAAGAUUUGAUAGUACAUAGAACUUGGAUCAGAAUUGUCAAAUUUAAGGACAUUGCUUCCCAACUUGAUUUCUUGGGCCAUCAUUUACAAGAUUUGUAAAAUUUAUACUAUGCAAAUAAACUUAAUGAUGUUUAUUUGCAAGAGUGAUUUAGUGUUGGCAGUGCUCAGGGCCAUGGGCCACAUACUCAUAAAUGUUAUACUCAUGUGUAUAACAUUGCAACAAAACUUACUGGUUAAUCUGUCCAUGAUUUUCCAUCCCACAUGCUUUUGUACUGGUUGCUGGAAAUCUCAAAGAGUAAUCUUUUUACUUUUUGUGCCAGUUUUCAAACUUGUUUUUAUCUUGUUGUGAAUGGAUUUCUUCAAACACACAGCAUCUCACAUUUAUUGCUAGGCUUCAUUUACACUAGUGCUUUUUCUUGUUUUCCAGAUUUCUUAACUGAUUUUUCUUAGGAUUUAGACAUAUAAAUUUAUCAAGCAAGGUUGAGAGAGAAUUUGCACACUAGUUGUUUUCAGCCCAGGCCCAAUUUAAACCAGUUUCAAGACUUAAUGAAUGUAUUUUGGAUGGGCAAAGAAUUAGAAACCCAGGUAUAAUUGACAAGAGGUUUAGUCCAACACUGGUUGAUCCUUGGGAAUCCUUUAAAAUCUUGGACUAUUGGAAUAAAGGUCACCUUUUAGAUCCUCACUUAGCAAAAGCUUUGGGCUUUGAGUUUUUGAUCCUUCUCUUUAGAAGACUGUUGAUACAGAAGCUCAAGUCUGUAAGGACUGGCAAAUACCCUCAUGUCCUGCAGCUUUUAUGGCCAUUUACUUUUCUGGAUUCUAGUUUUCACUUUGGUUUUGGUUUGUACUUCUUUACCAUCUUGUCAACAUAUUUGUGGGUGUUUUGUUUGCUUGCUUGCCUGCCUGUUUGUUUGUUUUAUAGCGCUAGGAAUUGAACCCAGGGCCUCAUGCGUUAGGCAAGUGGUCUACAGCUGAGCUACACCUCAGCCCUUAAGAUGUGUUAAUAUUUUUGUGAAAUUUUAGCUUUUCUUUAUAAAAGGAUCAAUCCAAAUAAUUUAGACGUCAGUUUUUAGAAACAAAAAGCCCAGAUUAACUGGUGUUUGGCUAUGACUAAGAAUCAGUUUUGAAUUUGAAACUCAUAUGUAGUCAAUAGAAUAAUAGAAGGUAAUUAUGAUUGUUAUAUGUUGAGGGAUAAAAAUGUUAUUCAGUAUGGGCUUCAGUAUGGGUUUCAGGUCAAUCAUACAUUCAUCCUAGAAUGCUUGUUUACUUUUUACCAAUGUGCUGAGGUCAGGCAGAGCACACAGUGAUGAGCAUGGUAGAUGUACUCUCUGCCCUCAGGGAGUUUCUGCUCAAAUGGGUUGCUAAUCAGCAAGUCAAGGUCCAUAUCUAAAGCACAAUACUUUGAAAUCUGAUGAGCAGGUUGACUUCUUAGCCACACAAACAUUACAAAUUAGUUCUCAGGCAUGCAGUUUUCCCGGUACAUGGAACUUUUCAAAGCUAUGGACAGCUACAUAGUACGGCCCUGCUCAUUUUAGCAUCAUAGUCCUUUCUAUAUCAAGGUGGGAGGUUCUCAUUCCUAAAGUUGACAGUCAUACUGUUUGUCAAUAUAUACUGGGUAUAUAUUUCUUUAUUCAGCAAAUGUUUCUUUUUAUUUGUUUGGUUUGGUACUGGGACUCAAACUCAUGACCUUGCACUUGCCAGGCAGGCGCUGUGUCAGUGAGCUAUAUCUCUGGCCCCUGUUUGUUUUUUGAAAUAGGAUCUUGCUAUGUCAUUCAAUGGCCUUGAACUCAUUAUGCAGCCCAAGCUGGCCUCAAACUCUCUAUCCUUUUUCCUCCACCUCUUGAAUGCUUGUUAAAUACAUACUCUGAGCUAAGCACUGACUAUACAUUGAUUAGUAAAAUAAUACAGUAAUAGGGUCAUUCAUAUUUGUGUAUCUUUGAAAAUCUAAUGCUCAUACUGAUACUGACCUUUAUAGUUAAUCAUGAUGUCUGUCUUAUGGCUGUGAGCUGUAGCCAUAGUGCAGGUGAGUGCCAGGAUGUCAUUAUCUCUUCUCAUUCAGUACAGUGUCUGUGUAGUAAACUGCAGAAUGAGUCAGCCUCUCUCACAUCAGGAUCCUUGCUCUUUGCAAUCGUCCCCCCGCCCCCUUCUUCCUUCCUGGAUCUGCAAGUGUUUAAGGAGAAGGGGUCCCAGUGAACUCUGCCAGCUUUCAGAAUUAUUUAUGUCAGCCAGAGCAUAUUUUAGUACUCCUUUCUAUUGAAAACUGCCUGCUAAAUUCAACGUAUUCUUGGAUUUAAAAGUACAAUAUGUAUUUUUAGGAUGUUUAAUUAUUCUUUGCAGAUACACUUUUGACUACUAGUUUAUCGAGAAAUCAUUAUGCUUUCCAAAAUAUUUUCCUAUUCGUGCUAGCAGCACCCACAAGCUGUUUAAGUGUUCUUUAACUUGUUGUGGUUUGGCAUAAUUGAUGCCGUCUUGAGCCUUGCAUUUAACUAGUACCCUGUAUUUGACUCAGAAAAAUGGAAAAUUACUCAGGGUACAAGUCCCAUGAAAAAAGCAGAAUGAGCUGUACCUACAGCUGAAAAGUUAACCUGCUCAACAAAAGAAGCAGGAUACAGGUGUCAGCUGAAAAUUAAUGAAAGAUUUGAGCUAAAUUGUUUCCAACAGGAUGUCUUUUGUGAUUCUCUCUUUAAAAAACUCCGUAACUUUCAGUUAGGAGCCACUUGUUUGGACUCUGAACCAGGGGGCUCUGUAUACGACUAGUCCUGAGCUCAGUUAACAAAUUCCAAAUCUAUCAUUUUGGCUGCUUGGAUUCCUAUAUUGUUGUUCACGAACCCAUGUCAAAUUUACCUUUUAAGUUCAUCUUAAGCUCUCAUAUACCCUAAAUGAUAGAAUUUUUGGCGCGGAAGGGAACCAUCUGAUAGAAUUUUGGGGGCGGCUAAAAAGAUAAGUAUGAAAUAGGGGCUGGGGAUUUAGCUCAGCGGCAUAAGCACCUGCCUUGCAAGCAGGCAGUUGUGAGUUUGAUCCCCGGUACCGAUAAAAAGGAAAAAGACAAAAAAAAAAAAAAAUUGUCUUGAAGAAGUAUGAAAUAAAAGUGGUUUUUAUUUUAAGAAUGUGGAGAGAGACUGCAUGACCCUCCGGGGUCUGGCAUUCUCUCCGCCAGACACGUGGUGUGGGGGCAUACCUGUAGCUUAGGUUUGGGGUAGUGCCUAAGGGGCAUUAGUGAUGCACAGGUAGCCCAUUGGUAUUCAUUUUGCGCCACAGGUAAAUUGCCUAGGGAUGGGAAAGGUGACCUCAAGAUAGAGCCCCUUGGUUCCGCCUCCCAGGCUCCCACCCGCUACAGUGUCCCGUCUGGGGCAAAAUCCUUUCACUAAACACUUCUAAUAGCCGGGUCAUAUUCUUUUACAAACACCACCCCUCCUCACUUCUUGUCUCCCAGUCUGUUGUCGCCAGUGCUUAGACUCUUCUCUAUUGCUGAACUUGUCUUUCUGCUCCUUUUUUCCAGACCAGUCUUCAAAGAGCCAGCAGAGAUAUAGUGAUAUUAUAGUAGGAGUCAUCUUAGCCAUGGAGAUGGGAUCUCCUGUACAACCGUCCUUGGCCUUUAGACUGAGAGUCAGCUGUACUCAUAGGAGUAGAAACUGUAUUCCUCGUUAGAUCUACCUUUCUUGAAUUCCUACUGUGUGCCAGGUAAUUGGGGAUAUGUGAGGAUGUGAUCCAGUCUGCAGCUGUGGGGCAUGCCAAUGUUCAGGAGUGUGGAAGGCCAGAGAGACGAACCAGCAAAGGAGGGACAGUCAGUCAGGUGGAAUGAAAGCCAGAUGAAGAGUUCCUAAAAGGCAGAAGUGACCUGGUCAAAGUCAAGAGCCCAUAUAAGGUGAAGUCUCAGAAAUGGACACUGGAAUCAGUGACCUUGGCCAGUGCAGCUUCACUGAAGAGGUGUUGAUGGGACAGGAGUGGGUUAAAGAGUAGGUAGAAAAGAGAAAACGUGGUGAGGAAGCAGUGGAAUUGACUGCUUGGUGUGCUGAAAAGUCUUUUAUAAUGUGAAAGACUAUAAAAGAUAUAGUCUGCUAUAAAAGAUAGUAAAGAAAUUAGGUGGCUGCUGGAGGGGACAUUAGAUUUGGGGGCCAAUGGCAGUUGUUUGUAAGGUAAGAAUCACUGCCAUAUGUUCCUAGGCUUAAUGAAUUACUAAAGUGGACAUAAAAGAAGCAGGAGAGAGGAGGCGUAACUCCUGGAACAAAGUGUUUGAGGGGCCUGCAAAAGGUGGAAUCCAGUGAACCAAUGGACAUACUGGCCUGGAACAGAACAGAGACAGUCCUGUUUUUUGUUGUUGUUGUUGUUUUUUGAGCUGGAGAUUGAACUCAGUACUUCAGCUUGCCAGGAAGACGCUUAUGCCUCUGAGCUAAAUCUCCAGCCCUCCCUUAGCCUUUGAGAGGUAGCACAAUAGACUUGAUAGUGAAAAGAUGUAGAGGCAGACUUAGGGAGAUUACAUGACUUCUUCAAGAUUAUAUAAUUUGUAAGUGCCAAAGUCAAGAUUUAAGCCCAGGGCUGAAUUCUUGACCCCUAAGCUAAGUAAGCUGCUCUCUAGUUUAUAGAUGAAUUGAUAGAGUCUGACAUAGUUUACAAGUCAUAAACAUCUAAUUAUGUGAUCAAGUAUUUCACCUUGGUCUCUUUAGCAUUCUUUACAUACUUCACAGUUAAGGAUUAGAUAAAAGUUCAGUGAAUUAUUUCUAGAUGCCCAAUAAAUGUCUAGAGAGCUAACAAGGUAAACUGAUUAAGGCCCUUCUCUUGGCAUGGUACUUCCCUAUCAGAGAUCUUCAAAGACCCUUCAUUAUCUCAUUGAAUGAAACACGUGAUAUUUGGGUCCAUUGGGAUCUGGCUCUCCAGCUUUAUCCAUUUACCUUUAGUCAAACCAUUCCCCAAUUCUUAGUUCUCUCUAUCUACAAAGUCUGUAGAAUUGCUGCCAAUCCUCAAAGGCACCAUUCCAAUGCCACCACUUCCAUGAAAGCUUCCACUGACACACCCAGGAACUUUGCUUUGUUACCGUUGCCAUCUGUGCUUGUAUACAGCACUGACGCAUUUCAUCUUACUUUAUAGUAUGUGGCUUCUGCGUUGUAUAAGGCAAGGACUCAUUUGUUGAUAUUUUUCUCUUCUACUCUCACAUAUAACAGGUAUCUAUCUAAUGUUUUGGCUUUUUAUUUUGUUUCAUUUUGGAUCUAGAGAUUGAAACCAAGGCCUCAGGUCUGCUAGACAAGCACUUUACCACUGAGGUAUCCCCCCACUCCUUAAUGUUUCUUUAUUUCAAAUAGGCAUUUUUAUAUCAGCCUUUAUACUUUCUAGCUUCAUUCUCCAGUUCAAAAACACAUUGCAUGAAUUGGAUAGAAAAGAAUUGGGAAAUGGUCUUGAUACUUCUCUGGCCUGAUGAAUACCUUAGAAAAUGUGACAGUAUACAUAACUUUUCUUCUGGAUAGAUUUUUUUUUUAUUAUUAUUCCAUAGGAUUAUCUACAUACUAGAGUAGAGUAAAAGACUCUUUUCCAUCAGAGGGCCAGCUGGUAGUGGUAGCUUGUUUACUACCUGAUUAAUCAAAUCCCACAGAAGCAAGCACUCAAAGGAGGAAAAGUUCUGGUUAUACAUAAAGGCAAAGGGGUUCUGAAACCUUUCAGAGGUCCGAGGUUUAGAAAAUUGGCAGUGGAGGAUAUGGAAUGGAAUUCUGGUUUGAGCUACAUGUGCUAGCCUUUGUUUACCUCCAGUGGCUUCCUAAAGCACGAAAGAGGCAGACAGACCUGAUACAUGACCCUGCCUGGGACUUUUAAAGGGAGCUCUUUCUCUUUUAUACUGCUUUUUCGGCAAAAACUUUAGGGCAACACAAUGCUUUUACCUUCACAUAAAGUAGCCAAGCCUGUUUGACCAGUUUGAGGGAAAUACCAACAAGACUGCCAACCCCAAUCACAUGAAGUCUAGUUACUAAUUAUCUCCUGGCCUCUGAGGAGAGAGAUAUAGUAGCUCACUGAUUGGAUCCUGCUUUUGAAAUGACUCCACACUGCUUUGCACUCUAACCAGAGUGACAGGAAGAAUGUUCUCCGUGCCUUGGGAGACAUUUUAAGCUGGACGGAUUCAGGCUUAGGCGAGACUGCACCUGUCUGUGUUUAGACCCAGCCCAGACCCAUGGAAAGGAGAAGUAAAACUCACGUCUGUUGGCUAUGAGUGGAAUUCAUGAGAUUGAAAAAGAAAGCCAAGUGGAAAAGAAAGAGCCUUGGGACUCUAGCUGGGAGUAUGAAGACUGCAGGAGUCUCCAGAGCAGAAAUCCUGCAGUACUGGAUGAACUUUAUGCAGAAAAUUACUUGGAUUCCACAUUCCAGACCAAGAGGAAGAAUCGGCCCUACAGAAAGAGGGAUUGUGGAUACUGGGAUUUGGAACAGAGUGAACCAAGCUGUACUGACUAUGGGGAAGCAAGUGAAAGUGGAAAGGACUGUCUGUUCCAAAGCGGCUGUUAUGGCUAUAAGAAUCCAGAAAGUGUGAGGCCUGCGAUGAAGGAUGAUUGGUUUUUAGGAAGCCCAGAUGUGAUCAUGAAAGAUGGUGCACGUGGGAAGAUGAAUGGCUUUGUUGAUCCCAAGGAUCUGAAUUAUAGGCCUAAGGAUUUGGAAAAACCUGAGCAGUGGAGUGUCUACACCGGUGUAGAUGAUUCUUCAGGGGAUCUGUGUCAACCUCAAAACUGGUAUAUGGGCCUCCGGAAUUUUAAUUACUCUCCUGAGCAUUGUACAGAAGUUAACUUGUAUGAAAGACAGCUUAACUAUUUAUAUCAUGUUCCUGAACAUAAUAGUAAUGGUCAGUCUGUGGACUUUCUAGGUUUGAGUGAUGUCAGCAAAAGUAAAGAAUUUGUUAAACACUGUGAAGAGGAAAGGAAUGUUUAUCAAAAUGGUGAAAUCUAUCCUAAAGUAAAGACUCAUACUAUGGAUCAGAGUAAUUGUGAUGUGAAAAUUAGAGGCUGUGACACAUUCUCUGCAAACUAUGAGGGUAAAUAUCAUAAUUACAGAGGAUUAGAGUCUCUCCAUCAGGUAGGGAAUUUGAAGUAUGACACUGACAAACCUGGAACAAUGGCAUUUAGGGCUAGAAGGAUCAUUCUGGAUGAUCUACAGAAUCACUGUUCCAGUGAAGAGCAAGGAGAACGUCAUUUUGGGAUCCCUCAGAGCCUUUUAUUAGAGAAGAGCACUUGGAAAGUGGAUGAAGAGAGCACAUUAAGUGGCCCAGAUACCUGGAGAAGGAAUAGUUGUCUCCGCCGCACUGCACCUAGCACCCUGAGGCGCUCGGAGUUUGUGCAGAACAGGAAGAAACCCCAAGAAAUAACGCUCCUUUCCUCACAGUCUUCACCCCUGGUGACCCCUUCUGGGUCCAUAUCCAACGAAAGCCCAGAGCAGAGGAUGCUGGAGAAGAGAACCAAAGUGGUAGAAGAACUUCUGCAGACAGAAAGAGACUACAUUCGGGAUUUAGAGAUGUGCAUUGAGCGGAUCAUGGUGCCUCUACAACAGGCACAGAUACCAAACAUUGAUUUUGAAGGACUUUUUGGAAAUAUGCAGAUGGUGAUAAAAGUCUCGAAGCAAUUAUUAGCUGCCCUGGAAGUCAGCGAUUCUGUAGGACCUGUGUUUCUUGAUCACCGGGAUGCCCUUGAGGGAACAUACAAGGUUUACUGCCAGAAUCAUGAUGAGGCCAUUUCCCUGCUGGAAAUCUAUGAGAAAGAUGAAAAGUUCCAGAAGCAUCUUCAAGACUCGUUGGCAGAUCUGAGGAGCCUAUACAAUGAAUGGGGUUGCACCAAUUACAUUAAUCUGGGCUCCUUCCUCAUCAAACCUGUACAGAGAGUCAUGCGUUACCCACUGCUGCUGAUGGAGCUGCUGAAUUCCACCCCGGAACCCCACCCAGAUAAAGUACCUUUGACCAAUGCAGUCCUGGCUGUCAAGGAAAUCAACGUUAACAUUAAUGAAUACAAACGUCGAAAAGAUCUGGUGCUUAAGUACCGUAAGGGUGACGAGGAUAGCCUUAUGGAGAAAAUUUCCAAACUGAACAUUCACUCCAUCAUCAAGAAAUCCAACCGUGUGAGCAGUCACCUGAAGCACCUCACUGGCUUUGCCCCUCAGAUAAAAGAUGAGGUAUUUGAAGAAACAGAAAAGACCUUCCGAAUGCAAGAAAGAUUGAUUAAAUCUUUUAUCCGAGACCUAUCCCUCUACCUCCAGCAUAUCCGAGAGUCAGCGUGUGUGAAAGUGGUGGCUGCUUCGAGCAUGUGGGAUCUGUGUAUGGAGAGGGGACACCGGGACCUGGAGCAGUUUGAAAAGGUGCACCGUUACAUUAGUGACCAGCUCUUCACCAAGUUCAAAGAGAGGACAGAACGGCUCGUCAUCUCGCCUUUGAAUCAGUUACUGAGCAUGUUUACAGGCCCCCACAAGCUGGUGCAGAAGCGUUUUGACAAGCUUCUGGACUUCUACAACUGCACAGAACGAGCAGAGAAGUUGAAGGACAAGAAAACCUUAGAGGAGCUGCAGUCAGCCCGGAACAACUAUGAGGCCCUGAAUGCACAGCUGCUGGAUGAGCUGCCCAAGUUUCAGCAGUACGCGCAGGGCCUCUUCGCCAACUGCAUCCACGGCUAUGCCGAAGCCCACUGCGACUUCGUGCAGCAGGCACUGGAACAGCUGCAGCCGCUGCUCUCGUUACUCGAAGUUACUGGCAGAGAUGGAAACCUGAUCGCCAUCUUCCAUGAAGAACACAGCAGAGUUCUGCAGCAACUCCAGGUCUUCACUUUCUUCCCUGAGUCCCUUCCAGCUACCAAGAAGCCGUUUGAGAGGAAAACCACAGACCGGCAGUCUGCACGGAAGUCGUUCCUGGGCCUGCCGAGUUACAUGCUGCAGUCUGAAGAGCUACGGGCCUCGCUGCUGGCACGGUAUCCCCCUGAUAAACUCUUCCAAGCAGAACGGAAUUUCAAUGCUGCCCAGGACUUGGAUGUCUCACUUUUAGAAGGUGACCUGGUGGGUGUGAUCAAAAAGAAAGACCCCAUGGGCAGUCAGAAUCGCUGGCUGAUUGACAAUGGAGUCACCAAAGGCUUCGUGUACAGCUCCUUCCUAAAGCCCUACAAUCCACGCCACAGCCACUCGGACGCCUCUGUGGGCAGCCACUCCUCCACUGAGUCAGAGCACAGCAGCUCCUCCCCCAGGUUCCUUCGGCAGAACAGCAGCAGCACCUUGACUUUCAACCCCAGCAGCAUGGCUGUGUCCUUUACCUCAGCUACUUGUCCAAAGCAGCCUCAAGAUGCACCUUCACUGAAAGAGUAUGACCAAGGAACUCCUGGUACAUCAUCGAACCUGGGUAGUCCUGAGAGUGGGUCUUCCAGGUUCUCAUCAGACCCAAACUCUGCCUUCCAGCCCAGACUGGGGGAUUCUGUAGAUGCCAACAGCAUAAGGGGCUGCACCAGAAGCACCAAGCAUCCAGAGGUUGGUUACUGUGUACCAGGGAGAAAUGGACAAGGUAAAGACCUCACAAAAGGAUGUGCAACAGCGGCCCAGGCUCUGGCAGACAAAAAUGAAGAGCUAGAAAUCAGCGAAGCAGAAGGCAGCCAGGUAUAUUUUGCUGUUUACACCUUCAAAGCACGAAACCCAAACGAACUGAGCGUGUCAGCCAAUCAGAGACUCAAGAUCCUCGAGUUUAAAGAUGUCACCGGCAAUACAGAGUGGUGGUUAGCCGAAGUUAAUGGGAAGAAGGGCUAUGUCCCAUCCAAUUAUAUCCGCAAAACUGAGUACACCUGAGCCUGUUGUGCCCUGCUCCACUGCUGCCUUUGCUCUCAGCCAGCUGAAAGGUUCUGGUGCGCUGCUGACCGGCACCUGGUCUUAAGCCCCAGGCCUGGCUGCGCUGCUUAACAUGUCUGGUGGAGAGCAAGAAAAGUUUUGUUCUUCCCCAUUGGGUUAUAAAUCUUGAUGCUUGCUAGAAUUUCAAGAAUUUGAAGUGGACCCUGGGGCUUACAAAUGAUUCAGUGACCAGGAGACGAAAGGCAAGUGCUGGGUCGCCUUUGGAAAUGAGAAAGUUCCAAUCAGAGCACCAAUAUUCUGUGUCUGCAGGAAGCCGGGCUAGCGUUGUUUGUAUUAUACUGUGUCUGGGGUGGCCCCAUGCUUCAUGAGCCACUGAUCAGAAACUGACUUGAAUGGGGUUCCCAUGGGGACUCAGGCAGGUCACAUUUUUGCUAGGAUGGCACCCCAACCUAGUAUUUCAAAGCUUCUGAGAUACCUCUAGUCUUUUUUUUUUUUUCUUUUCUUUUUUUCUUUUCUCACACCUAAUUUCUAAGGACUCUAAAAUACUGAUCUUUUUUAUUUCAUUGUAUUUCUGGUCUGGUUAUAGAAAAUUCAGCUGUUUGCUUCUGCUAAGAAGUAGUUAGGGUAUUUAUUUUCUGAAAGUUUUUUUCUGAUUUUUAUCUGAAAGUUUCUCUUUCCUUUUUAGAUACAAUCAUCUACCCUGACAUUCACCUCUACUUUAUACAGUCUGUGUGAUGUCUCAUCUGUGUGCUCAAUAAUGGACAGUUUUCCUAGAAUAACAGCAUCAGAGCUCCAGCUGCCACUAAAAGUCCUAGUUGUACACUAAUCCCUAACCAGUCAAACCUGGUCAAGGACCGCAUCCCUUGCUCCUUCACACUACUGCCGUUCAAUCACAUCCGUGGAUGCAGAAACAUGACCCACGUGACUUGAGUUAAGAGAAGCAGUCCCAGAAGUAGCUUAUUCUAGGCUAGGAAAUGACAUUUUCAAUUUUGCCAUUAACCUCCAUGCUUUAGGGAGAGUUUUCAAAGCCAAACAGAUUCUAAAGUGCCUGAUAACUCCACAUUGGUCACAGGAAAGUAUUUAUUACCCCCUUAGAAUCUGCCUCAGAAAAUUUGGUUGUAGCAGGGCUCCUGUACUUAAGAUCUUCAGGAACAAUGAAGCCUGUUUUACAAUAACUCUGAAAUCUGUCUUUUAAAGGAAUUAAUAAUCACAGUCCCUGCUUCUCUGAGAGCAUAUUUGGCCUUAAGAUCCUGGUGACCCAGGAGACACCUGUGGACUCCUCAUGCUGUGUCCCUGCCAGUGGUCACAGGCAGUGAUGAAAGGUCUCUUGUGAAGAGUGUUUAUAUUUAGAGAUGUUUAUAUUUCAGUUAUUUUAUAAAUAAAAUCAUUUCUAUUGGC